AUUAUCUUCAGUCAAGUCGCGUAUUUGUAUGACAAAACAUGUCGUAAACGCAAAAGGAAAGCAUGAAAUCAACAACAACAAUAGCAACAAUAAAGCUGACGAAUAACACAACAAGAAUUUUGACAACAAUUAGUCGAAUUUUAUAGUAGCAAAUUUAAUAGAAAUACUCGAGUGUACACGUGUGGAUUUAGUGAAUUUUAGAAUAGCAAACGAAUUUUGUAAUGCGAGGCGACUGAUGAAUUGUGAAGCAUAGCGCAUUAAAAGUAAAACGAAAAUACAUAAAUGUUGAGGCGUCACAGGGCCAAAUGAAAUGGCAAUCGAUUUUUUAUUUUUCGAUGAUGACGAUUUCGCAGCCAAACUUGGUGGAACUCGGUGGAAGGUGAAUGCGAAAACAAACCUCGAGCACACGAGGCGAGACUGUGAUCAAAUCAAAAUAAGAAACUUUUAAGCGGUAGUUAACUUUUUUGCAACUUUUCAAGCGCGUAGUUAGAACAUUUCUGCAAUCAAUUUUUACAUGUGUGUGUGUGCCACGCCUUUUAACUAAAUUUUGAAAAUAUAUUAAAAAAAAUUAUAGCGAAUGAAAUCAAAACAUUGAAAAACGGCUCAAAUUACCUAGUAAAACCGCUAAAAUAUAUUUAGUGAACAGCUGUACAAAAACAGCAGCAACAACAACAACACACUUUGCAAUAUUGUUUCUCGAUUUGUUGAUAUUAACAAGUGGAAGAUAAACAAAAUAGAAAAAAAACCACACAUAAAUGACUAACACAAAUGUUCGUUAACUUUAUUAGCGCACAAUAAAGUAUAUACGCAGCACAGCUAUUACAACAACAACAACAACAACAACAACAACAACAACAACAAUUGAUAAAAUAAAUAAAAAACAAAAAAAAAACAUAUGUAAAUGACAAGAUCAAGCAGGCAGGCAGACAGCGCCAAUGCAAGUCCAAUAGGUGAGAAUAACAUUGCAAAGCGGAAAGCGAAAGAAAUUUAUUGUUGUAUUUAUUGUUGUACGUGAGAGUCGAUUGAAAGCGAGCCGGCAAGCGCUGAGGCUGUGAUUCAUGCAAUGCCAAAGCGUUUGUGAAUUUUUCGAAUAUUUGGCAGGUUGUGAUUGCUUUAUGAGCCACUACACAGACGCUUGUGCUUGAAAAGAAAAGUUGAUAAACGUUCUUGAGUUCAGUAAAACAAAAGCUUGAAAGUAUUGAAAGAAAGAGUUAACCAACAAAGUGAUAACAACAACAAUGAACUUGUAUGCCUUUAAUUCGGUGGAAAAAAGUAAAUUUCAUAUUUAUUGACGCAUAUGCGGCUUAACACGAAGACGCAAUUACUGGCUGACUACAAAAAUAAACAAAAGCCAGUUGUUAACACGCCAAAAACAACAUUUUUGUUGUCAGCAGAGCAUAAGUGGAGAAAAGGCGGUUUUCAGCGCCCGUAUGCCCAGACUACAAAGCAACUUGGUUGCCAGUGGAAAUCAAAAGAAAAUAAAAAAAAUUGUGUUGUCUGCCACUCGUACUCGCACUUAGAACUGUAGAUAUACAUACAUACAUACACAAAAAAUAUAAAGAAAGUCCUUCACUUCAACGAUUUUAUGCAGCUGUUCUACUUUUGAGUUCCAAAGCCUAAGUGAAUGCGUGUUUUUAGCUUCUACAACAAAAUAAAACAAAAAUAUUACAAAAACAACAACAAAAAUUUAAAUACAAAAACAACAACAAAAAUUUAAAUACAAAAACAACAAAAAAAAUUUAAAUACCAAACAACAAUAAAUUUUUAAAGAAUAGUAAACAUUUUUUAAAUAAUUUUCGUAAAUUUUAAAAUAAUCUUAAUAAUUUUUUAAAACAAUCUUAGUAAAUUUUUAAAAUGUGUUUUCGCGGUAUUUUCGAUUGCCUCUUCGGCUGUUGUAAGUCGAACAGCACACAUGGUCUAAAUGAGAGCUCCUUCUACGACUAUGUGGAACCGUUGCCCGUGUACCAAAAUGAGAAGAUCGGCAAUCUGAAGGAGGGCCUCAGCUUCACAGUGACCGGUAACAUUUUGCUCAACUGCGAGCGAUUUUCGAUAAAUUUCGUCAUUGAGAACUCCACACGCGACGUCGCGUUGCACAUCAAUCCACGGCUGCCGCAGAAUUACAUCGUGCGCAACACGAAGGUGAAAGGCGUCUGGGGCAAGGAAGAGGUCUCGUCAGCACUGCCAUUCUCACUGCAUCGCGGCAGCAAAUUCGCCAUCCAGAUCUUCAUAACCGAUAGCGAUUAUCUGAUUUCGGUGAAUGGCAUACACUUCGCCAAGUAUGCGCAUCGUUUGCCCUACACGUCGGUGUCGACGAUAGAGGUGAAGGGCGAUGUAGAGGACGUGAGCAUGGAGCGCGGCGAUGUGGAAUGCUACCCGGAGCACAUACCCGGCUUCAAUCCCAAAGAGAUACGCACAGCGUUGGACAUAUUCGACGAGCAGCCCAACGGCGACAAGUCAGUGCUCAUGCCAUACGACGAAGUGGACAGCUCGAAUUUGGAUUGGGCACCGUUGGGCAUAAAGAGCUCGAUUGCCUUAAUGAAGAAUAUCGCUUGUGGCAUACCGCUGCCUUACUAUGGACUGCUGCCGGCUGAUUCGUUGAAAGUGGGGCGCUGUCUACAGAUUGUGGGACGCGUGAAAUUGCUGCCGCAAUCGUUCUACAUCAAUCUGCAGAAGGGACAAAACUAUUGGCCACAUCCGAUCAUCGCAUUUCAUUUCAAUCCACGCUUCUCCAAGCAGAGCGGCGCCAUCGGCAAGGCGAUCGUGUGUCGGAAUGCCUGGUUCAAUGGCGCUUGGGCGGAUGAGGAACGCUCCGAAUUGGAUACGGACUUUCGACCGGGCAAAACCUUCCGUUUGGCCAUCGUGUGUGCGGAGAAUGCGUUCGAGGUCUAUUUGAAUGAGAAGCUCAUAACGGACUUCAAAUACCGCAUCAAACCGGAUGUGGUGGACACGGUCUACAUACAGGGUGAUAUUAAAUUGCGCAGUGUGGUGCUGCUCACGAAUCUGUCGCCGAAGGGCACAAGACGCAUUUACACAAAUCCACUAUUCAGAUACAACUAAUGAACGGUUCCGGGGUAUAUGGUGUGAACGAAGCGAACCAAAGUGAAAGUGAGUGUGGGACAUAUAAAGUUCAGUGCGCGAAUAAUUAAAAGAAAUUAUUUUUUUGCCCU